AUAAAAAGAGCACAAUCUCAAAACAAUAACAACACAGAUUAUGGUAGGCAUACUUCAGCUUCGUCUUCUGGCUACGCUGGAUCUGGAGAAAACACGAGUUUUGCAUUCAUCCCGACAAAACUACGGAGGGACUUGAUCGAGUUGUUGGAUAGAAAUAUCACCGGAAGGGAUAACUGGAAGAUGUUAGCAGAACAUCUAGGUUACAAGCUACAGUAUAUACAGUGGUUGGAUGAACCUCGUAUCCAGAGUCCAACAGAGAGGCUUCUUAUGCGAUGGGAAAUUGAUGUAACUGAAAGUCCAGAAGACGCAUUACGUAAUCUUGAAAAAAUACUUCGGAAAAUCGAAAGACAUGAUGCUGCAACUAAAAUACAGGUGCAUCUUAAUGAAUGUUCAAUCGGAAAGGAAACCACAGUAUAA